GGCAGCACAAGGUGUGCGCCAAAUGACAGGUAUGAUGCAGAUCUGGGCGGAACCUCCUGGAGAGCUGGUGCUGAUAGUGAAGAUAAGGGUGUAUCGUAAUUUCAGCCCGCGGAGGCGGGACGUUCUUCCAAGGAGCCUCAGAUCGUCAGACCAGUUGUGGUAACCUGUGCAAGGUAACGACACACAGACGCGCGCGAUCUAUCAGAGGAAUACAGAGAGAUUAUCCAGCGUCUGCUUCAGACACGACGGGUGUUUCCCAGAAAACCCGCAUUUAAAGAGGCUGGAUCCGCUUAUUAAGCCGAAAAGGAGUCUGCAGGUCGUGGAGAGAGGGUCGAGCCGGAGUGGACGGAUGCGGCUCCGCUGACAGACGUGAUGACCUGACCUGUGGAGCCGUCCUUCCGCCCACGAGAAGAAUGGUGAGCCCAGCCCUCUGUGGAUGGCGUGGCAGGCCGAGGAAAGUUCUGGACCAUGUCCUGCUCUUUGCCUUCAUCCUGCUUGCUCACACAGUAGCACCUGCCAUGACACAAAUGCCACCUCCACAAGUCACACCACCGUCUUUAUCAUCAGUGAGCACUGUACCUACAGAAACUACUGGAACUACGUUUACUGCAAAUUCAUCAUUAAGCACCCCACCUGAAAGAAACACGGGCUCACCCCCGUCGUCGAACUUCACAUCUUCAGUGACUGUUACAAACACAACCUCCAUAACCACGGCUGAUUCUACCGUACAGCAAAACUCAUCUACGAUUUCAGCCACCUUAGCAAACGUGUCAUCACCUUCUCCCCACCCAGGAUUAUCACUUCCAUCCUCACUGCCACCAUCCACUACGGCCACAUCACCCCCGCGCUCAACUCCACAUCAGCUAACAACAUCUGGUUUAAGUACCACUAAUAGAACAACCACUCCUACGUCGUCAGUGACAGACACAGACACAACAGUGACUGUGACCUCAGCUAGCUCUCAUAAUACAACAGAUUCAGGGACGACAGAUCAAAGUAACACAACCACAUCAUCAGCUACUGCACAUAACACAACAGUGGCAACGCCCAUCCCUUGCAACUUCUCACAAAACUGUGCCGAUCAGUCUGUGUACUACUGGAUGAUGAUCAGUGUUGAAGUAACUGGAAACGUGUCUGAUGAGUCAUACAUUACUGCAUGGCUCCAGAAUCUGUUCCAGCAGCACCUAGGUGAAUGCAGCUCUACUCUCAGUGCUACUUCCACCACUCCGUCACAAACGCCAGUGACGUUUACACCCUCUGAAACCAGCAAUAGCACACACAACAACAGCUUGGCAACCACAUCUGGCAACUUUAGUUCUGCUCCUACAACGCAAAAUGUCAGCUCAGUAACUGCAAUUCCGUUUCAAAACUGGACAUCGGGAAACAGCUCAAUAAAAGAAAAUGAAACCACUACCAGCCUCUUUCAAAGCAUUGAGGUUGUAUGUGACAAUAAGACGGCCAUAUGGCUCACUGAGUGCACCGUGCUGUUGCAGUUGAGUCGGCCAACCAGUCCGUGCUGCAUUGCACGCAUCGUAAACAUCGUACAGAUUAACUCCACUAUCCAGGGACAGGUGAUAGGAAACCAGGUAGACAGAGUGGCAAAAGGGCUUUGUUACAGUGGUUAUGCACAGCCUCAAGUUGGAAGCUUUGAGAAGUGUAAUGGAUCUCUCAGCACUGAGGUUCCUUGUAAUUCAAAUGCCACAGUUAACAUCUCGUGCAGUGGGAACAGUGGGUACGUGUAUGCUACUUUGGGUAUUCAGGACCAGGUGAACUGCAGCUCUAAUUAUGAAAAGCCAAUGAAUUACUGUUACUGUUCCGUUUACUGCAACAGCACUGCUGCCUAUUACAAUUUGAACUUUGGAAUUUCAGACCCCAAGCUUAACACUGAACAACUAACAUUACUGAUUUCCCUUACACUAAGAUCACCAACGUGUAACAUUACUGAGUCUGGAUGCAAACUAUGGCAUAACAUUUCGAAAAUCUAUGAAAAUUCUACAGUUCAGUGUGCAUCAAAAACAGGCUGCAAUGUGAUUGUGAAACUGAAGUAUGCCAUGGAUGUGUGUUCAGUCAGUUCAGCAUUGACGAGUGCUUUGCAACACCAGCGUGGCAUUGAGACUAAUGGCUUUGUCACCAGAAUGGCUGUUUGUAGCUGGGAGAAUAAACCAAAUCUGGACUCCCUGCAACCAAACCUGCAUGUGUCUGUUAAUUUCAACUCUUCUGACUUCUGUAUGGUGCCAAACUUGGACAGCUUUCUGAAUUACUGUGAAAAAGGAGCAGAUUUAGCUGUACUUCUGAAUGAGAGUUGCACCAGUGCUCCAGUAAUAGUUCUGCCCACCAGCCUGCCGUUAUCCACAGCAACUGCAGUCACAAGUGCUACCACCACCAAGAUCAUCACAAACACCACCGUGACAACUCCAGAUAACACAACCCCACUUCAGAGCACUUCAACUACGUUGGUAACUACAGUGGUUAAUGUAACAGAUACCAAAAGUACAACUGCCCUCAACACCACCGCUCCAGUUGUUCCAGCAAAGUCUACAGCUUCAGACACAACAGUUACAGCAACAACAGUGAACGCGACAGUUUCUACCACUUCGGCCACCAGUGCAGAAGUGAAAGCUGAAGAGCUGCUGCAGCUGAGCAAGAACGUUUCUGCUCUGAGCUCCGCCCAGGUGGAGCAGCUUGUGUCUCAGCUAGAGGCACUUCUUUCAGGGCCCAAUGUCAGCCUGGCUCUGGGGAACAUGUCUAUCAACAUUGUCAGCAAUUUACUGGAUGCACCAGCAAGGACGCUGGCGUCCACUUCAAACAGGAUCAUUGGAAUUGUGGACAAAGUUGGCUUGAAGCUGGUGGUGCAGGGACAGAGUGAGACUAUUCUCUCAACAUCUGUGGCUCUGGCAGUGGAUAAAGUGGAUGGGGUUAAUUUUCAGCAGACCUCAUUUACUCUGAUUGACUCCUCCAAUUUGCAGAUUAGUGGUGGCUCCAGGUCCAGGAGAAGCGUUGAGGCCAAAGUCCUGCCUCCUCAGGGAUCUGUCAUUCUCCCAGCCUCCCUCACGGGCAAUCUCAAUCCCCAGCAGCAGCAGCUGGCGUCCAGAGUACAGUUUAAUUUCUAUCAGAAGAGCACUCUCUUCCAGGACAGUGCACUAAAUUCAAAUGAAACCAGGCUGAUCAGCGGAGUUCUGGGCUCUAGUGUGGCGAACCUGUCGCUCUCCAAUCUACGAGACAACGUCCUAAUUACACUGAGGAACACUGAGGCUGUUUCGGCUAAUUCUACAGUAACCUGUGUAUUUUGGGAUUUUGGCUUAAACGGUGGCUCUGGUGGCUGGAGCUCCAGAGGCUGCACUGUGCUGAACAGCACUGUGAAUGAGACGGUGUGUGGCUGUAACCAUCUCACCAGCUUUGGUGUGCUGCUGGACCUUUCCAGACAGGGGAUAACGAAUCGCUUGCAAGCCACCAUCCUCACCUACAUCACCUAUAUUGGCUGUGGCAUCUCCGCCAUUUUCCUUUGCGUCACUUUGCUUACCUAUUUGGCUUUUGAAAAACUGCGUAAAGAUAUGCCGUCUAAGAUCCUGAUCCAGCUGUGUUUGGCUCUGCUGCUGCUAAACCUAGUGUACCUGUUAGACUCUUGGUUGGCCCUGUACCCCAACGCUGUGGGCCUCUGCAUUUCCACAGCCUUCUUCCUGCACUACUUUCUGUUGGCCUCUUUCACCUGGAUGGCCCUGGAGGCUGUCCACAUGUACUUUGCCCUUGUCAAAGUCUUCAACACCUAUAUUUCUCGCUUCAUGCUCAAAUUGGCAUUGGCUGGCUGGGGCAUUCCUCUGGUUGUGGUCAUCAUCGUAAUAGCCAUUGAUAAGGACAACUAUGGACUUGUGUCCUAUGGGAAGUUCGAAGAUGGAUCCACAGAUGACUUCUGUUGGUUGAAGAACAAUGUUGCCUUCUACGUUGCAGUGGUGGCAUAUUUCUGUGUAGUUUUCUUGCUGAACUUCAGCAUGUUCAUCGUGGUGAUGGUUCAGCUUUGUCGCAUUAAGAAACAAAACCCUCAUAACGUACAGCACCGUAGUGGCCUUCAGGACGUCCGGAGUGUGGCUGGACUCACAGUGCUUCUUGGCCUCACCUGGGGUUUUGCCUUCUUUGCAUGGGGCCCUGUUAACCUCCCCUUUAUGUACCUAUUUGCCAUCUUUAACACACUGCAAGGGUUCUUUAUCUUUGUGUUCCACUGUGCCGUGAAGGAGAAUGUUAGAAGACAGUGGAGGAUAUAUUUGUGCUGUGGAAAGUUCAGGCUGGCGGAGAACUCUGACUGGAGUCACACUGCCACUCAGAAGACCAAGAAAUCCUCUGUAAAAGGGUUGGGCCUGUCCUCAGUGAAAUCUUCAAAUUCCAAUAACUCGUCCAGCUCUGCAACGUUCCUGGUCAGCAACGGCUCAGGAUCAGGAUCAGACAGGUCGUUGGGGAUCAGCAGCCCAUUUGAUGACAGAGAAAUCACAGCGCAGGAGACGAGCUCAGAUGUGGUCAUGAAUGAACUCAAUAACAGGUACCGGGGCCAGAGAUCCUACUGACCGGAGAGCCAGCAAAUGACAAAGGCUGGGUUUCCCAAAAGCUUCUCAGCACAAAGAUAAUCAUUAAUGGGUAGAGGCAGCAUCACACUGAACACUCCUUCUACCAGUUACGAUGAUCUUAACACGUUUUGGAAACCGUGCCAAUGUCAUGUAUUAUGUGCAUGUUGUAUCAUGUAUAUGUUGUACAUAAUAUGCAUACAAUAUUUAUAAUAGUACUCAGCCUUUCAUAUAUACUGAAUAAAGACUUUGAAUAAUAGUGUUAACAGUCGACCCUAAACCAUCACAGAUAUCCAAUAACACUACAAGACUAUGUUCUAUCAAGCUUAAAACGACUGAUUAAUGUGCUUUCAGUAAAAGAUAAGCACUGUCUUACUGUGUGUGGAAUUAAAGUAUUUGUUAUUUUUAUACUAGUUAAAUCAUUUCAUGUCUGGAAUACUUGUUCUUGAUCUUGACUUAGCUUGUUAUUCAUUUCACAGUGGAUCAAAAUAAAGUAUUCAUAAUAA